AUAUCAGUUGAAGUCAAUGUCUUUAUGGACCCUUUCUUCAAAAUCUACACAAAUCUUGAUCAGAUAGCAGUAGCCGAUGGGCUUACAGAAUCCUUUCACAAGGACAUUGUGUUGAGAGAGCAACAGAGAAAAACAGAGUCCCUAGGAAUCAUCCAGUCAAAAAUCAGUAAUACUAUGGAAAAACGACCAUCCGAACAAAGAACUUGUUUAGUUCUGGACACUGUUGAAUCAAAACCUAUUGGUGUGAAGGGAAGAGAAAGGCUGGGAAAAAAAAGUGAGAAUGAUAAAGAAAAGCAAGCAGAGAAAGACAUGAUAAAUAGAACAAAUGAAACAACUGGCGAUAAAUCAGAAGAAGUUGAAGUGUGUAAUGUAGACAUGAUACAGAGGGAAAAAUGUCUUGAGGAGCAAAAUAAGCAAACCAUAGCUGGGGAUCCACGUGAAGUGACCAAAGAAAAACAACAUGUGAAGGCUGGAAAUAAAGAGAAACAAAAAAAUGCCAAGAAGUCACAAGAUGACACAGAUAAAGUGUCUCAGUGUAAAGCAAAAGAGAAUCCGUGUUUAAAAUCAGAAAGCACAGGGAAUAGAAAAAGUAUAAACACAAAGCCUAACAAGCAAGAAAACGAGCAUAUAUAUGAAGUGCCUGAUGAUAUACUCACUAGAUCUGCUGAAUACUUUCAUGAAACAGAACGAGUUAAAGAGCAACUCAAGCAUCUGGACAACGUCACACUUCAUAUUGCUGUUACAGGAUCAACUGGAGCAGGAAAAUCCAGCUUUAUCAAUGCAAUGCGAGGUCUUCAACCCGAUGAUGUCAAUGCAGCUCCCACAGGAGCGACUGAGACGACAAUGAUACCAACGAUGUACACACAUCCUACAAUGCCCAAUGUAAAACUCUGGGAUCUACCAGGGACUGGAAGUCCCAAAUUCAAAGCCAAAAAAUAUCUAAAAGAGGUCAAACUUGAAACCUUUGACUUCUUCAUCAUCAUCUCCUCAGAGAGAUUCAAAGAAAACGACAUCAAGCUGGCUGAAGCAAUAAAAGAGAGGAAAAAGUUGUUUUACUUCCUCCGCUCGAAGAUUGACAAUGACAUUCAAGCGGAAUCUCAAAGGAAAGGCUUUGAUGAGCAGAAAGUGCUCUCUCAAAUUCGUGAGGACUGCCAUAGAAACCUUAAGGAUAUGAGUAACCCAAAUGUUUUCCUGAUUUCCACCUUUGAAUUGCAUAAAUAUGAUUUUCAGACUCUCAUCAACACAAUGGAGAAGCAGCUACCUGCUCACAAGAGAGAUGCUUUGGUUUUGUCAUUGCCAAUAUAUUCCUCUAAGAUUCUGGAGAAGAAAAUUGAAACAUUUAUGAAGCAAACCUGGUCAGCAGCUGCUGCGUCUGGUUGCAUUGCUGUGGCUCCUGUGCCUGGUCUUUCCAUUGCUUGUGAUGCUGCCAUUUUGCUGGGUUUCUUUACCAAGUGCUACUAUGCAUUCGGUCUGGAUGAUGAUUCAAUAGAUAAGUUGUCAAUGAGGGUCAACAAUCCAUCCCUGAAAUCUGUAAGAAGUUCACCUCUAGUGGUCGCUAUUGGACAAAAGAAACUCAGUAACAAAGAGCUGUCAGCGCUGAUAAGUAAGGAAGCAGCUGCUAAAUUUGCAUGGAGUAUGGUUCCUGUUGUAGGGAGUAAAAUAACAGCAGAAAUGACUUACUCUACAACACUGAACCUUCUAAGAGCAGGACUUCAAGAUCUCGCUGGUACAGCCAGAGAAGUGCUGAAAGCUGCAGGUCUGACUGAUGUCUAUUAAAAUAGAUCACAGUCAAAAGGUUAUGAAACUGCUGUGGUCAUUGAUCAUUUUGGUUAAGCCUAUUUGCCAUAUUGCCAAUAGUAUGAGAACAUUUUAAAUAACUUUUAAAAACUACAUUUUACUUGGACUUUAAACCAAUGAAUUCCAAGGACAAAAAGUAAAAGCAUUCAAGGAUAUGAUAGAUACAUUGAGGUGGGGCCUUGAAAUAAUAUAUAUAUAUAAUAUUAAAGGAUUAGUUCACUUUGAAAUGAAAAUUAGCCCAAGCUUUACUCACCCUCAAGCCAUCCUAGGUGUAUAUGACUUUCUUCUUUCUGAUGACCAUAAUUGCAGAAAUAUUAAUAAAUAUCCUGACGCAUUCAAGCUUUAUAAUAUCAGUGAUAAGGAUCAAUGAGUAUGAGCUGAACAAAGUGCUUCCAUCCACAUCCAUCCAUCAUAAAUAUGUGCUCCAAACGGCUCCGGGGGGUUAAUAAAAAAAAUAAAUAAAAAAAAAAGUCAAUGCAAUGCGAUUAGUAGUGUAAAACUCUUGCAGUUCACAACGACUUCCGUAUUCAACUUGCGGAAAAAGUGUAACUGACGUGACGCCAGUUUACACUUUCUUUGUAACUUCAAUAUGGAAGGUGGUCUGGCGGAAGAUAAAUAUUUAUUUUACUUCAUAACUUGUUUAAAUAUGGAUAUUUUUUUACACAAACACAUCGCUUCACUUCAGAAGGCCUUUAUUAACCCCCCGGAGCCGUUUGGAGCACAUAUUUAUGAUGGAUGGAUGUGGAUGGAAGCACUUUGUUCAGCUCAUACUCAUUGAUCCUUAUCACUGCCAUUAUAAAGCUUGAAUGCGUCAGGAUAUUUAUUAAUAUUUCUGCAAUUAUGGUCAUCAGAAAGAAGAAAGUCAUAUACACCUAGGAUGGCUUGAGGGUGAGUAAAGCUUGGGGUAAUUUUCAUUUCAAAGUGAACUAAUCCUUUAACACCAUCUUUUUAGACUGGGUUCUUUUCUGUACUGACUUUGUAGUUUAACAUUACUAUUCCAAAAAUGUAGCCAUUUGAGCAUGAACAAAAGGAUGCUUUUUGUGUUUAAUGGAUCAUAAAUGUUAAAUACUGAAGUAUGUAUGCUUUUAAGGAUUGCUUAUCUUGUAAAAUACUGCAGUAGUAUACAUGUAUGUCUUCAAGGAUUACCUAUUGCCUCAUGAUUUUUUCCAAACAGACCACUUAUAAAUGUGUUUAUAAACUAGCUAAAUGUAAGAAUAGGUAAAGAUUAAGCGCUACUCAUUUAUCUGUUGUGUGCUGUGGCUAAUUAUUAAUACCAAUUGAGUAGUUUUUUUAGUUUUUUAACAGUUAUUUUUGUUUUUCAGUACAAAUGGGUUUUUUGUUGCAAAGUAAAAAACAAAAGAGAAAAUAUUUGACUGUUAUAAUAUUCGACUGAUGACAAAUCCAAUAAUUUGAUGAGCAACCAUAUAAGCUAAACAACCAUUAGUAGUAACAAACAAAAUAUAGGCCUACAACAAAUAGGUCAAUAUUAUUGUCAAUCUUGAAUGUUAAAAAAAAAAAAAAAAAAUUCUUUAUGUCAGUUGUUUUUUAUUAGGCUACUGUUAUUUAAAUGUUAAUAUAUACACAAAAUAUGAUGGUAUUGUUUGCUUGUAAAUUUUGAUUGUGCCUGUUAACCUUAAAACAGAAUGAUAUAGGCUAUUUGCAUCCUAUAAAAAAAAAAAAACACACACACACAAAAAGGAGACCUAAUUUCAGAAAACCGACACAUAACACUAACUAUUUCCUCCUCUUCCCAUCAUAACAGGUGUCCUCCCAACAGUUAUCAAUAAAAGUUUUAAAAAAGGCAGCCGACUAUAAGGACAGGGUUAGGGGCCAGAUUUACUAACAGCUUGCACCAGCGCAAACCCUCUUUUGGCGUUAAAAAACUACUGUCAGGAUUUACUAAAGACACAUGAUGGAAAAACUAUAGCAACGAAAAGAUACUUAUUUUUGUAGCUGACCCUUAACUGAUUUUAAAUAAAUUAUGCAACAUGAUUUUUUCCCCCAAAAAAUUUCUUAACUAAUUUUGCACUUGACUUUGGCUGCGAGCAUUGGUGAUAACUAAGCAAAUAUCUAAUUAGGCUACUACAAUAGAAAUUUCAAAAGCAAUUUUCUGGCCCAUAUAGCUCUCAAUAUUGCCUAAUUUUGUGUAAAAAUACAAAAACAAUACUAAAGUACUUUAGUAACAAACUAAACAACAAA